GCAUGCGUAAAGGGCACUGACCGGAAGUUGAAUGCACGCGUUGAUUGUUUUUUGAAGAAUAAGACGAACGUUUCAGAAACUAAUAAUUUGAGACUCGAUUUUUAAAAUUAUGUAAAUCAGAACCCAUCAUAUCUAAUAUACAUUUAAUAAUACAACCACAAAAUGGUUCGUUUAACGGCUGAACUAAUCGAACAAUCUGCACAAUAUACGAAUCCCGUCAGAGAAAGGGAGCUCGAUUUGAGAGGCUACAGAAUACCAGUUAUAGAAAAUUUAGGGGCAACACUAGAUCAAUUUGAUACGAUAGAUUUCUCUGACAAUGAUAUUAGAAAAUUGGAUGGUUUUCCAUUAUUACGUCGUCUAAAAAGUUUAUUGUUUAACAACAACAGGAUUGUACGUAUAGGAGAAGAUUUAACAGAAAGUAUUUCUAAUCUAGAGACAUUAGUUCUUACAAACAAUGGUAUGCAAGAAUUAGGGGAUUUGGACCCCUUGUCAAGCUUACCCAGUCUUGAACAUUUAAGUUUAUUACGUAAUCCAGUCACAACAAAGAAAAAUUACAGAUUGUAUGUUAUUCAUAAAAUACCUCAGAUUCGUGUUCUCGAUUUUCAGAGAAUUAAAAUGAAGGAAAGGCAGGCAGCGGCUAAAUUGUUUAAGGGGAAGAAAGGUCAACAAUUGGUCCAGGAUCUGGGCAAAAGAAGUAAAUCGUUUGUACCCGGGGAAAAAUUACCCGAGAAAAGAAAUACACCAUCUGGUCCAACUAAAGAAGAAAUGGAUGCCAUUAAGAAAGCUAUUGCUAAUGCUAAAAGUUUAGAUGAAGUCGAAAGAUUGAACCAGAUGUUGAAAUCAGGUCAGGUACCUGGUAGGGAUUCCAGCCAAUCUAAAAGAAGCAAAGGUAACUCUUGAAAUCCAGGCUUCGGUGGGUGGGGUCUGGGUAUAUAUAACCAUAACCUCAUCUAUUAUUGAACUGAUUUCAAACCAUUUUGUGUGGGUGUUUUCUGGCGUGAUUUCCUCUUAUCAAAGGUGCAGGACGGGAGGACCUAACAUGGACACCUAUGUAGUCAUUUAAAUGGGACGAUAAACCGAGGUCUCAUGUAUACAUGGCAGUUGGAAUUCGAUAUAAGAGUAGGGCAUAGUGCCGCUGCCCGGGUAAAAUUUCCCCCAUAGCACACUGUAUGGCAUAUGCUUGUCUUCACUAGCCCAGUAUAGGAGCAGAACAGUAGGACGUUAAACCCCAUUUCAUUUCAUUUUGCUUGGGUGUUUAAUAUAAGCUAGAAUGUGUUGAAAGACUUAUAAGAAAUUUUAAAACAAUGUGUAUUUUAUCAAUGGAUUGUCUGAUAUAAUUGUAUGGUCUAUUCAAAAAAAUUAUUCUUUUAAUCAUUGGGAAAAGAUGCCCAUAGUGCUAAUCCCUCUUUAAGCCUGACACGUAUUCAGGUGUGUGGGUCGGUCCAAUGAUUGCCGGGGGGUUGGGUGGCAGAAUGGUUAACGUGAGUGUUGGAUCAUAAGGUCUGUCAUUGAGUCAAGUGGCGUGGUUUUGAUUCCCGGCUUGUACAUGUCGGGGAGUAGCGUCGCCUGUCCAGCCUUGUGGAUAUUUUCCGGGUUUUACUGUUUCCUCCAACUGCUAAAGACUCCGAUGUUCAAGAGAAUUAAUGAAAUAAAAUUGAACCAUAUGUUAGUCUCGAAAUGAUUUAGUUUGUGUUGAGUGGACAUUAAACCCUGUCCACUCGAUGCGUAGUAAUUUUAAAAUGCAUACAUAGGCAUAAGAACUGUUGGGGAAUGUGUGGUCUAUUCCGUGUGCUUUAGGCCACUAGAUCUGUCACUAGGUUGAGUGGCAUUUUGAUCCCAAGCUGGGUUGCCUGCUCAACAUCAUGUGUCCUACUUUUUGUUUCCCACUGCUAAAGACUCCAAUGUGUAAGGGCCUGAUUGAAAUAAAAUUGUAACAUCGGUUUGUCCAGAAAUGACGUAAGUUGUAUCAAGUUGACGUUGACGUUACACCCCAUUGUUCUCUCUAUGUCUCAAAUUCAAUUAUAUUUUUCUCAUAAAUUUUAACAAAACUAUGUAUUAAAAUAUAAAUUACAUCUGUUUCAGGUGAAGUGGCAUUGAUAUAGUUUUGAAUAGUUAAUCCACUGUCAUCUUAAUCUAAAUCGCUGUCAUCUUAAUCUAAAUGAAUUCAAUUUAGAUAAUUUUAAAGGGUUUAUGACGGUGGUGGGCAAACGUUUUUAGGUGGAGGGCCAAACACAAUGUUUUGAAACAAAGCGAGGGCCAAACAAGGAUUAUGAAAUGCCACUUUUAUUCAGAGAAAAAUCAAAGCAUGUUAAAUCAAACAAUAACAUAAAAUGAAAGUAGGCCUAAGUCAAGUGGCGUCAGUUAGGCAACUAUAAAUAGACCUAGAAAGAUUAUUGAUCCUACGGAGAGGAACUCCUGUUAGAAUUUUUACUAAAAAUUAAUCUGAAAUCAAUAUCAUUAUAAAAUUAACUUUGUAUCAUAGUAUUCUCUACAAAUUUAUCUUAAAUCAGCUUUGAAUUCAAAAUAAUCUGGCAAAUUGCUUCAAAGCGGACACCUGGAAAAGUUGGGAAUUUUUAAGUCUGACCGAUUCUCUUCUUUAAAAUAUGAUUAAUAAUACCUGGAAAAGUUGGGAAUAUUUAGAUCUGAACAAUUGUUUUUUAAAAUAUGAUUAAUAAUUUGUUUGUCUGUGUAAUUACAGGAAUUGAGGAGGAAGAAGAGGAAGAGAUGGAUAUGUAAUAUAGCGCCAACAGAAUUUUCAUUAAAUCAUCGUUAUCAUCUGUAUAUAUUUUCAUAUAAAAAAACUGUAUCGCACGAUCAUCUGUUUCUAGGACGUAAAAUCUAUUCUUAUUUCUCUUUCAGACUGGAAACUGCAAUAACCUCGCCAACCCUUAAUUCAUCGCCCAAAUUAUUGUUGAUAUUUUGCACAGAUAAAUCAAACAGAAAUUUGGAAUUUUACUCUGGGAGCCACUGUGGUUAAGUGGGUAAAACGCUGGCUCGCUAGCUUGAAGGUUGCGUGUUCGAUCCCUGCAUUGGCUGAGAAAGUUCAUCGGAUUUGCCGGCUUGGUUUCCCCUUGUCAGUGUUUCAGGACGGAGGGCCUGACAAGGACAGCUGUCUAGUCGUUUAAAUGGUACGAAAAACCAAGGUCCCGUGUACACAUUGGUGUGCACGUAAAAGAUCUCAUGGCAGUUGGAAUUGGAUAUAAGAGUAGGCCAUAGUGCCGCCGUCCGGGCAAAAUUUCCCUGAUAGCACACUGUAUGGUGUAUGCCCGUCUUCAUUAGCCCAGUUGGAGCAGAACAGUAGAACAUUAAACCCCGAUUCAUUUUGUUUUGAUUUAUCUGUGUGAAAUAUUGAUAAUGAUGAUGUAUUAUUUUAGAAAUGUCAGUUACUAAAGUUGAUAAGAACAGAACUUUAAAAUACUACAUACUAAAUAUUACAGUGAUGGAUGUAUAUUUUGAAAUCCCGCCCGCUAAUACAGCCAGGCUAUAUUCUAUUUGUCUCAUAUUGUGUGAAUAUUGGCUCCGUGAAUAAUACAUCAGUUGUUCCGGAUUUUUUACUGUUUGAUACGCUUUCUAUUCAUGAUGGCUCAGUCGAAGCAGAACAGUAGGAGGUUAAACCUCAUUUCAUUUCUAUUCAUGAUGAUGACCGGUCUAACCUGUGCAUUUUAGAUCUUUAGCCCAGGUUCAUAUGUGAGGUGGAGUAGGGUCACACGCCUAACCUGUUGAAUUUUUGUGAGGUAUUGCCAUUUUCUCACCCUUCUAAAGACGUGUGCGCACGAGAAAAUCUUUGAAAUAAAAUCAUAGGUCUGAAAUAACCUGGUUUGUGUCGAGACGAAGUUAAACUCUGUUUAAUAAAUUUAAAUUAAACCAGUCUCAAUUGUUGACUGAUGUAUUUUCGACUCGAUAAUCAGCCAAUUAUUUAUAACAUAUUGAGCCAUGUAGAAUAUGUAGCUAUUGUAAAUUGUAUUAUACCAAAUGUCAGUUAUUAAAGUUGAUAAGAACAGAGCUUUAAGAUUGAAACAUUUUGGUAUCAGAUGUAUUAUUUUAUUUUCUAAUAUCAUGAUAUGAAAUUAUUUGAAUAAUGUUUAUAUUUGAAUUUAAUAUCAAAUAAAAGGUUGAGAGGCAAA